GCUUCAAGCAGCAACAAAAAAAAUAUGAUAUUGAUAAUACUGACUUCGAAGAUUAUGAUGAUGACAAUCUUUCUGCUUAUAAUGAAUUAUUUGAAAACAAUAAUAUAGAAAGCAUUGUAAAAAAACUUCAAGAUGCAGCUCAUAAAUAUUACUGGGAAUGUGAUUUUAACAAAACUUGUAAGAAAGUUGAUGAGAGUAAUAAUAUUAGAGAGCUAUCAGAGGAAGUUAAUGAAGAUGAUGAUAUUGGAGGGCCAUCAGAGGAUAAGAUUGAAACUUGUAAAUGGCGUAAAAAAAUUCUAAAUGCUCUUGAAGACUUAGUAUUAGAUAUCAAAAAAGUGAAUCCAACCAGUGAA